CUGACCAAUCACUGAGCACGUACUUAAUAAACUCAACCUAUCAACUUUAACCUUACAAGUAGGCGAUGCUCGUUUCGCGGAAGUUGACGUUGCUAACAGCAGGGCAAACGUUUCUGAUCAUAUCCAUGAUUUAUAAUGACAAUAACACGUCUGUAACUAAUAAGAAUGACGGACAUGUGGCCUGAGAGAUCUGGAUUCUGUGAUUAAUGGCAGCUCUAACAGUACUACGUCAUGCCAGCAGCAGUCCUCUGCUCUGGGGUUGGGGACCCGCUCUGUUUGCCCUCCUGGGAUCUGUAUUUGUUAUGCUGCUGCCUUUAGCAGGCAUAGAGGAGCAAUGCUGUGCCACGCUGAAGGGUCUUGCUCUUUUGCGCUGCCAGCUGUGGGGGGGUGUCCAGCGGCCUGUGGUGCACACAACCAGCCUGACGGUCCCCUUCACAGCACUGGACCUCCUGCCACAAAAAGUCAAGCCCAGUAAAGAGACUCAGUUGGAGGCAAAGGCGGCUCUCCAGCAGGCUUUGGAGAUGAAGAAAACUGGAAAGAGAGAGAAAGCUCACAAGCUGCUCGUCCAUGCGCUCAACAUGAACCCUGAGUUUGUGGAGGCGCUCACUGAACUGGGAACCAUUCUGGAGGAGGAAAAAGACGUUGUCCAAGCUGACCACCUCUACACCAAGGCCCUCGCCAUCUCGCCUUGUAACGAGAAGGCUCUGGUGAGCAGGGAUCGCACACUCCCAUUAGUAGAGGAAAUAGAUCAACGGCACUUUGGAAUCAUCGAUGGAAAGGUGCGACGUCUCAUGUCCAUUCCCAAGGGCAACUCUGCCUUGCGUCGGGUCAUGGAGGAGACCUACUACCAUCAUAUUUACCACACCGUUGCUAUCGAAGGCAACACGCUCACUCUGUCAGAGAUUCGCCACAUUAUUGAGACCAGAUAUGCUGUACCAGGUAAGAGUCUUCAAGAACAGAAUGAGGCAAUUGGUGUAGAUGUAGCCAUGAAGUACAUCAACACCACCCUGCUGUCCCGUGCUGGAGCAAUCACUGUAAAUGACAUCCUAGAGAUACACCGGCGGGUUCUAGGCUACGCCGAUCCCGUCGAAGCCGGGCGAUUCCGUGCUAGCCAGGUGUUCGUGGGACAUCACAUCCCACCGCACCCGCAGGACUUAGACAGGCACAUGCAGGAGCUGGUGCAGUGGUUGAACUCUGAGGAAGCGCUGCAUCUACACCCGGUGGAGUUCGCAGCUCUCGCGCACUAUAAACUGGUUUACGUGCAUCCGUUUGUGGACGGGAACGGACGGACAUCCCGACUGCUCAUGAAUUUAAUCCUAAUGCAAGCUAGUUAUCCACCGAUCACCAUUCGGAAAGAGCAGAGGGCAGAGUAUUACACCGCCCUGGAUACAGCCAACGAGGGCGACGUUAGACCCUUUAUUCGAUUUAUUGCAAAAUGCACAGAAAUUACACUUGAUACGCUACUGAUAGCCACGGCCGAGCAUGCAGUUGGGCUGCCCGGGUCUAGUAAUCACGCCUGCCCUGACUGUAAACACACCAUACCUGUGCAUAGCUGAAAGAUGUAUGUUGGUAGAUGGAAAAAGACUGCACAUGCAUGUAAAUUAAAGUGCCAUAUGGUCCAUAUCAGCCUCUGAAAUAAAUCACUGUCCAACCUUGUACUGCUAGAAUCAUGCGGCCACAAUGGAUAAGUUGUGGAUCCAUUUGAAGGUUUUUUUUGUUUUGUUUUUUUUGCAUUUAAUGUGUAGCUAUAUUUGUUAGAAAUUGUUUUUUGACUGUUUGAAAUAUAUUUUUAGCCUUACAACUUUGUUGUCAGUUUUAAAUUUGAAAUGAAAGAAAAAUGUUUCUUUUCCACUGAAUGAACAGUAUUGGAUCAUAUCCUCAGAUCUUUUAACAAGUAAGUCCCUGAUUGUGUUUAUGAUAAAGUAGCAUACAUGAACUCUGCUGUUUGUAUGGGAACAAUAUUCAUAAUCAUACAUGUGUGAUGUUUAUCUGUAUAAUUAGAAUUUUUUCUUGUCUCAAAAUCCAAGCUUAAGCUAAAUUUGCUUGGAAAAAGAACAGGUCUGUGAAAUGCUAAAAGAUUGCAGUUCCAUUUAAUUUUGUUUUAGUUAGGAUUUUCAGACGCUUUACCAGCUGAAGUACAUUUAUUAUGAACUCUACAGCUUGUUGGACACAUUUCUCUCUUUGCAUAAGACUUGCUGGCAGGCUACAGUAAAGAAAUGCCAUGUUCAAAAAUUAAUGUCUGUCAAACUCGGAGUAAUAGUUAACCUUUGCCAUUGCCUAGAGCAUAAUCCCUGAUUUUGUUUUACAUGAGUUUCUUUUAAGGUUUAUUUUAAAAGGUCAUUAAUUUUGAAAUGUAACUAAGGUACAUUUUCUUCUUUUGCGAUAUGAAAAUGAUUAUUCAGUGAUGUAUGAUGCAUACAUAUUCUUAUUGCCUACAGCUGCUCAAAAUGGUAUUUAGGAAGAUUAUUGAUUUCAGGAAUAUUGUUGAAAUGUUUUAUUAAGAAUGUUAGGGACUUUUAUUUAUUUUAUUUUUGAUCAACAUCUUUUCAUUUUGGGUUUGCCACUAUUUUCAAGCACUUUAGUUUGAUCUAUUUAAACAUAGCUUUAAUUUAUUUUACUACUUCUAAAAAGAUAUUUUAUUAUUGUGUGUAAUAAACUAUUGUGCAACUUCUCA